GAGUACACAUUCCAACGGCGAAGAUCAGGAGUGCUCCCCGGACCUUGCAUUUCCUCCAGAGCACGUCUCCGUUCCUGGCAGAUGUAGUUCUCUUAAUAAACCGUCCCUCCUUUGACAAAUCCAUUCCGACUGUGCACAGAGUCCUAGAGAAGGAAGGAAGGAGGGAGGGAGGGGAGUGUUAUCACGUCAGGCAUUGGUAAAAAACCAAGGACUCUCAGCCUUGUUCCAGCGGCCACAAAGUAACGAGCACCACCCACUGCAAGUAGGUUUGAAGGAACAAGGCCAGAUGGGGUGUAGCAGAAUGUAACAAUAUUUUCUAGUGACAUGGCGCUAUCAGAGUGCUGAGCCCGUCUUCGAUAUGUUGACUGUCUAAUCCAGAACGACUAUGUACUAAUCUGCACGGGAUCGGUCGGGGGCUUGGUUCAGGUCAUCUGCAAACCAGAUUCCAAGACUUGGCGCUCGCAUCUAUUGGGGCAGUUCCAAGGGAGCCACAGCACAACUCUAGAAGAAAGGCGGAAAAAAAAGGCAAGCAAAUAUUUAUUCUGACUGGGUACGGGACGCUGAUCGGAGCCAUUUCUCGCUGCAGAGGUCGAUGGGCUUCAAAAAAACAAGUGUGCCAGAAGGACUAUGGUGGAGCCGUUGAUGAUGAUGUGUUGGUCCAUUUUGGGCAUUCUGCUUCCAACUCUAGUUUUUGCAGCACCUCCACCCAUCAAUAAACUGGCACUGUUUCCUGAUAAAAGUGCCUGGUGUGAAGCAAAGAACAUCACUCAGAUAGUUGGCCACACUGGAUGUGAGUCAAAGUCCAUCCAGAACAGAGCAUGCCUUGGCCAGUGUUUCAGCUACAGCGUACCCAAUACUUUUCCUCAGUCCACUGAAUCCCUUGUUCACUGUGACUCCUGCAUGCCAGCACAGUCUAUGUGGGAAAUUGUCAUGUUGGAGUGUCCAGGCAAUGAGGAAAUGCCCAGAGUGGACAAACUAGUGGAGAAAAUUGUACACUGCAGUUGCCAGGCAUGUGGAAAGGAACACCACCAAGAUUCCCAAAUUUUUAAUGCAAUUCUAAAUGAGGAAGAAGCUUCUCCCGUGGAUACAGUUGGAUCCCCUCAGAUUGUUCAUCAUGACGAGCAAGUUGCUCUCAAAACUGGCACUGAGGAAGAGUAGACUUGAAUACAAGAAGGAAAAAAAAGCAGAUUGUGGGAUAAAAUUUUUGUUUUAUUUGUUGAGCUCUAGAGAGAAAAAUCAAAAUAUAACAUUUUCUAAAAUAAAAUCCUCGCAGACUUAUUUAACGGGAAAGUCUUUAAAGUAUGCAAUUUGUUAUAGAAAUUAAGCAGGAACCCCAAUCAAAUACUAAUAUAUAGCUCAUCAAGAUCCAUCAAGUAUAAUUAGAAUUUGGUGAUCAGUGUUCGAUUCACGAUGUCUGUUAUUAACAAGUCUGUUUUUUGUACUGCAGAAAUCCCUGUGUGUAGCCAUUUCAAACUUAUAACUGUUUGUAUAUAAAAUUACAGUUUAUAAAUCUCAAACAUUUUUUUCAAAAUCCUCCUUUCAGUUAAUUUGCAGGUCAUUAAAGAUAUUGCAAUGUAGGAGAGAAAAGAGACUGAGAGAGAGAGAGAGACAGAGGCGCGCGUGCAAUGUGGCACACAACACAGAAAGAAAAAGGCACAUUUAAGCGGACAGCUAAGGAGAAUGGCAGACACACCCACACAUGCACAGACAGAAACAUAAGUAGAUCAAAAAGGCAGACGUGGACAGAAAAGCAAAGAGACAAAUUAAAACACUACACCCACUCAUCAUUUCAGAAGAAAAUGCAAAUCUUGUCAAGAUAAUAUGCAUAAUGAAUGUGUAUUUCUGAUAUGUAAAGAGCACUGAAAAUGUGAUUUGUGUUUGGAACAGACUGAGACACUGAAUUUCUGAUUUGAUGGGCAAAGUUUAUAUGUGGUAUGGGAAGAUUUCAAAUAUUCCAGCCUUUAUCAUGAUUUUGUAGUGGCUGCGCUGAUCCUAGUUUGGGUGGAUGUGGGGUGCCCAGGGCAUCUGAAUCAGGGAAAGGAGAAAAAGUUGAUUAAGGUUUCCAUUUCUGAGCACUAUUCAAUGCCUCCUGUUGGAAACUGCAUGUAUGAAUGACAGGUAAAAGUAGAAUUGUCCCAGUUGUGAUGCUGCCAUGAUCAGAAAGCCUGCUGACAUACACUGUUCAGUUCCUGGAAGGAGUGCCUAUCCUGAUGAAAUAUAAGACAGUGACCAAUACUCAUGUGACUACCUUCAACAAGAAGCAAACUCUUCCAAAUAAAAGAUAAUCAAGAUGAAAAUGGAAGAGGGAAGGUGGAGAUGGGGAGGUGUAACCAGGAAAGAGGGUAAAUGUUCAAAUUUAGUUUUAUGAUAUUAUGUAUUCUUCUUUUAAUUAAUUCUGUAAUCAUUCAAAUUGAUCAUAUAUGGUGCCCUGUAUAAUUCUAUAGAACUAAACUUGAGGUAAUACAGGUCAGAUUUCUCUCCCUUGCAGUUAAAUGAAACAUGGAAACUGCCAAUUCCUUUCCCCAGUCUAGCUGAGUGUUAUUUUGAAUAUACAGAUCCAUUGACAUUAUGUGUCAUUUUAACCUCUGCUCUGAAUAAGGGAUCAGUAGUUAAUAAAGUAAAAUGUUUAUACAA